AUGAGAGUCGUGCUAGGAGUGACUCUCAUUUCCAUGAUUUUGGCGGAUGACAAAUCGUUCUGCAUGACAAAAUGUGCUGGAAAAUAUCCGGAGGGGGAAAUUAGAGAUGCGUGUCAUGUGGGUUGCGAUGGACGUGCUUCUAUUUCUGCUGGACCUUUCGCAUUCAUUGAUUGUCAACGUGGUUGUGAUAGCAAGUUCAGUCAGGAUAAUGAGACCAACUCCGAAGCUCGUUCAGCCUGCAGCUACGCCUGCUUGUUGCCAAUGACCAGCAGCGUUUUCAUGUCCGUGAAAUACUCCAAUGAUGGAAAACCUGAUGUCAAAAUAGUUCGCAACAGCAACGGCGUCACGUCAGUAGAAAGGCCCGCCCUCGGUGGCGCUUCGGAUAUAGACAGAUUCUUAUCUAGCAUCCUUGGAGAUCUGAAUCGUCAAAUUCUUCCAAUACACAAUUCCGCAAACGUGAUUUCUGAGAAUAGAAAUCCCACUCAAGAGGAUGAGAAUAAUUCCGACAUGAUCGAAUCAGCACAUGCCCGUAUGAUGGCAAUGCACAAUCGCAUGAAUGAAAUGUUGGCCGCAUUUUCAAGGCACUUCUUUGACGGCAUUAGACGUCAUAUGCAACGCGAACGUCAUGUGGCAAUCGAGAGGCCUUCAGAGCAUGACGCUUAUGCUCAUAUUGGGCCUGAAAUCGGCAACAUUUUAUCGAAUGGAGACUCCAUAAUUAGUACCCAUCCUGUCGACGGCGCUGAUGAUAGCGAUGCUAAGGGGCGUUCCGUCAAAGUGGUCCGUUAUCAGAUGUCUUCUAAUCACCCACCUUCAGUCUUCUACUGGAUAAUGAUAGCAUUUGGAGUUGGAGCAUUGCUCCUCACUCUUUACGCUUCUGUUAUUUUCUUCCGCGUUAUGCGUUCAGCUGCAUACAGAAGAAUUUCGAACGACGGUGCUGGUCGGUGUCCAGUUGCCCCAUCUGGUCCGGGUCCGCUUCCUGUGAAAAAGGUGCCCCUGGACGGCUGGGUUGAGCGUAGCGAACCAUCAGGAGUACCACCUCCGGCUUAUGACCAGGUUUCGAUUCACUCCGUUCAAAAGCAGAAGCAGUCCGAUGAAGCUCAGCAGCCUCAUGAAACACAUCCUGAAUCGAGCAGUUCGUUGUUUCCGCUUCUACUGCAGUUGAUGGGUCCGCGCUUCACCGCACCGGAACGAUAUUUAAAUCAUAUGAGUAAAAUGAAGCUUCUCGAUUCUGAUGAUGACGAAGACGCGGAGAAAACAACUAAUUCGCUGGAGAUAAACAAGAAUUAUGCUGAACGUUACGAGAACUGGCGAAGGCUGGAGGAGCUUCAGAAAAUCAAGGACAAAUACGGCGAUAAUCUCGAUGAUACAUCUUCAAGUGAUGAUGAGCCUGAGUGGAGUGCUGCAGACGAAAUGCAGUUUCUGAAAACCCUUAGUGCCCUAAAGGACAACGACAAUGCUAUCUACGAUGGGGCGUCUUCUUUCUGGCAAAGUAAUGGUGAAGAAGCUAGUCAUAGUGAAAAGCCGAAAACGAAGGAUCGCAAAGUGAAACCGAUGUAUUUGAAAGAUUAUGAACGAAAACUAAUAUUGGAAAAAGGAGGACAAAUAGAUGAAAGUGAUGACGACGACGACCCCAAAGAUCCAAACUACUUUGAACAGCAAGAGCAGAUACGCAAAGAGCUGCGCCGUGUAGUUGAAAGUAAUGAGGGUAACGGCGACUCUGAUGAAUCGGAUGAACUGCUCGUUCCCAAAGUGAAAACGAAGGAGGAGAAGGAGGCAGAAGACAAUGAUUUCUACUCAUGGAUGAAAUCACAGGACGCGAAAGAUAUUAGUGAGGACGACUGUUUGAAAGGACUCAAGAAGGCUUGGAAGGAUCCUAAUAUUGACGAUGGGGAAAAGUUUCUGCGGGAUUACAUUUUGAACAAGGACUUUAUUCCUGACGCGGAGGACAAAGGAGUCACUCUCGACGACAUCCAGGAGAUUGAGGAAGAUGAGAAGUUGCUGGACAUGCAGCGGAAUUUCGAGCAGAAAUACAACUUCCGUUUUGAGGACCCUGAUCAGGAAUUUAUAAAGCAAUACCCCAGAACUGUUGGAGAUUCUCUGAGACAAAGCAAUACGAAAAGAAAAGUCAAAAGAGAGGAGUACAAAGAACGAAAGGAAAGAGAGAAGAACGAGCGCAAACAGGAGAUUCGAGAGCUGAAGAAGAUGAAAAAGGCUGAAAUUGAAAAGAAAUUGGAACGACUCAAAAAGAUGGCUGGUGAUGAUAUUCCCAUUAGUGUCGAUGAUCUCACGGGUGAUUUUGAUCCUCGAGAAUAUGACAAGAGAAUGAAGCAAAUUUUUAAUGAAGAGUAUUACGGUAAGGAUGACUCAGCUUGCGACCAGGAUGCGGAGAAACCUGUGUUCAGUGAUGACAGCGAGGUCGAAAGCGAUAGUAGUGAUUAUGAUAAGUUCCCCAUUGCGACUGUAUCCGAGGAUGUCUCAUCGGAAAAGAAUGACGAGGAAAGCGAAAACAAAAGUGAUGAGCCAACUCGGAGUAGCGAGAAAAAGUCUCGACGCAAAAUGAAACGUAACAGUAAAUUCCGUGAAGCCGUGCGCAGGAAAAAACCGCUCUUCGAUCCGAAGGAGAAAACCUUUGAAGAAUACUUCAAUGAAUAUUAUGCGCUCGAUUAUGAAGAUAUUAUUGGUAAGACUUCUGCAUUCUUUUUUUUUUUACAGUCGGUACAUCUCAUCUUCGUGCUUUUUCAGCAAAUUUUUAAUGAAGAGUAUUACGGUAAGGAUGACUCAGCUUGCGACCAGGAUGCGGAGAAACCUGUGUUCAGUGAUGACAGCGAGGUCGAAAGCGAUAGUAGUGAUUAUGAUAAGUUCCCCAUUGCGACUGUAUCCGAGGAUGUCUCAUCGGAAAAGAAUGACGAGGAAAGCGAAAACAAAAGUGAUGAGCCAACUCGGAGUAGCGAGAAAAAGUCUCGACGCAAAAUGAAACGUAACAGUAAAUUCCGUGAAGCCGUGCGCAGGAAAAAACCGCUCUUCGAUCCGAAGGAGAAAACCUUUGAAGAAUACUUCAAUGAAUAUUAUGCGCUCGAUUAUGAAGAUAUUAUUGGUAAGACUUCUGCAUUCUUUUUUUUACACAGCGCAACUGGCUAUCGAAGUGAGCACGAGGAAAUAGUUGAUUUGAAUCGCUAUAAGAAAAAAGCUGCCGAUCUGAAGAAAAAGCAGCGCAUCUUCACGACUGAUUUUGGAGGGAAAAAGGCAAAAAAGAUGGAAAGUAAACCUGCAGAAAGCGAGGAAAAGGCGGAGACCUCGUUACCACAAGGGAACGAGAACGGAAUCACGGAAUCAAAUAAUGAGCAGGAGAAAAAGAAAAAGAAGCGGAAAAGGAAAAGAAAUGUUCAUAAUCACAAUUCCACGCCUGAAGUUCAAACUAGCGAGGAAACACCUGUUGCGAAGAAGGCAAAAAUGAAGAAUUCUUCAAAAUCCGAGAAGGUUAUAACGUUGUAUCCACGUGGAAUCCGUGAUGGUGGCCGAUGUGCUUAUCGAUUCAGGUUUUUUACGUGUGGAACACUACCAUCGGUUGAGAGGUAUUUUCUUGAGUGGAAGAUUGCUGGAAGAUAUGGGUGGAGUUCUCAGUUACUUUCGUGGUCUGUUUGGGCAGAGGGAAAUGCGUAUCCUGAUUCUUGGUUUAGAUGGUGCAGGAAAAACCACUAUCCUAUACAGAUUACAGGUUCGGAGAAGUGGUCACAACUAUUCCAACUAUUGGAUUCAAUGUUGAGCAAGUGGAGUACAAAAAUCUCAAAUUCCAGGUGUGGGAUCUCGGUGGACAAACAUCAAUUCGCCCGUACUGGCGGUGUUACUAUGCUAAUACCGACGCCAUUAUCUACGUUCGUUGAUUCUGCAGAUAGGGAUAGGGUAAGUUGGAAUUUCACGUCAAGAAUUGGUGGCGAUGCUGCAAGAAGACGGAACUCCAAGGGGCCAUUCUUGCCGUUUCUAGCCAACAAGCAGGAUAUCGCCAACUGUCUGACGCCAGCUGAAGUCCACAAAGCACUUGGAUUGGAAGCUUUGCGAAAUAGGACAUUCCAGAUUUUCAAGACAUCCGCGUCAAAGGGAGAGGGACUCGAUGAGGCUAUGGAAUGGUUGGCAAACAAUUUACAGCAAAGAAAGUAG